GUUUAGCUACUUUAAUGCACUUCGCGGGAGUUAUUACAACCGGAUCGAUGGCGGAGACGGAACCCCGUUGAAGUGCUUGCAGCCUGGCGUGUUGUGUAUCGUUUUAGCUCGCCAUGUAGCGGGGAGCUAGGUUAAGACGCAAACGUAGGUUUGGCGGUGUUGUCACUUUCAGACACAGAGACAGAAAUGUUGACAGAUGUUUCUUGGACACAGCUCAGCAAUAAGCCAUUUCAAGGAAGAUGGAUAAAGGUGGCGUAAAGAAGAUAACCUACAGAAGAGAUGACCAUUUAGGUAAAUUGGUCUACACUGACAGCCCGGAGGAGGUAGCUCCAUUGAACGUAGCUCCUCGCAGUGCCAUGUCCAUCACCUCUUCCACCUCUAAUGUUCUUCCAUCCAGCCCAUUAAUGCAGCCAGGUGACAUACCUAAUGGUCUCAGCAACAGUCCUCUUCUUGAGGAGCUCAACUUCUCUGCCACCACUGGUCUGUUGCUGGAAGAUAAUGAGCCAAGGAGCCUGACCAAAGAUCAGAAGGCUCAACAGCCGCAACCGUUAUUUCUACACUCUCAGACACCUACCAUGUUUGGACGCCAGACCAUGGGGGGAAGUUUGCUCCAAAUGGAGGUCAAUAUGGCAGACAGUGCCCGGUCCUCCAUGGAUACGCUUAUUGGGGGAUCAGACCCCAACCUUUUCUCUAUGAAAGCAGAGGUGUUUUCCAUGGACAAAGGAGACCAGGAACCUAUUGACUUGGAUCAUGCAUUCGAGCAUAUUGGUAAAGAUGUUGAUGUCAACCAGAAAUUGUUUGGAGACAGCACACUUGACCUGCUCCAAGACUUUGAGCUCUGUGGAUCCCCAUCAGACUUUUAUGUAGGUGAUGAUGCCUUCCUGUCAACUCUGGCAGAGGAUUCUCUACUCGGAGAUGUUUGCUCAGAGAGGGACACAAAGCCCACUGUGGUUGUGAACAGUAAUGACAGUGGCAUUGUCUCUGGUGCUCUCAAUGGCAGCAUUAUGCCAAGUCCAGAUCAGUCCAGCUCUAACAUAUCCACCUCUUUGCCUGUAUUGGUGAAGAAAGAAAAGGAUGCUGGAUACCUUCAACUCUGUACCCCUGGGGUGAUAAAACAGGAGAAGACAUCUGCAGGUCAGAAUUAUUGCCAAAUGAACAGUACUCCUUCCUCAGACAGACCCAGCCCUAGUCCCAUCUCCAUCUGUGGAGUCAGUACUUCAGGAGGACAAAGCUACCACUUUGGAGUCAGCACCAGCAGCAACAAUGAAGCUCAGCAGCAGAAGGAUCAGAAGCCAGUGUCCAGCCUGUAUUCUCCAAUAACAACCAUUGGCACCAUCUGGAGUAGAGGCCAGUGUGUCGGUGAAAAUGGAGGAAUGCAGAGGGCCAGUGGCACAUUUUGCAGCUCUCCGCCUUAUCCUACCAGCUUUCCCAGUUCUACCUCCCGACAGGAAGGGCGCACUGUUUCAAGCUCGACCCAGGGAAAGAGCAGCGAGACCACUCAUAAGAUCUGUCUGGUGUGCUCUGAUGAGGCUUCAGGCUGCCAUUACGGCGUGCUCACCUGUGGGAGCUGCAAGGUCUUUUUCAAGAGAGCAGUGGAAGGUCAGCAUAACUAUUUGUGUGCCGGGAGGAAUGACUGUAUCAUUGACAAAAUCAGGAGGAAGAACUGUCCAGCCUGCCGGUUCCGCAAAUGCUUGAUGGCCGGCAUGAACCUGGAAGCACGCAAAACCAAGAAGAUGGACCGCUUAAAGGGUAUCCAGCAGAGAAACCCACCAGAGGUGAUGCCUCCUCUUCCAGUGAAGACUUGCUCCCUCGUGCCUAAGUGCAUGCCUCAGCUUGUGCCCACAAUGCUGUCCCUGCUGAAGGCCAUCGAACCAGAAACCAUCUACGCUGGAUAUGACAGCACCCUGCCUGACACCUCCACCCGCCUCAUGACCACCCUCAACAAACUGGGAGGCAGACAGGUCAUCUCUGCUGUCAAGUGGGCCAAGGCUCUGCCAGGUUUCAGGAACCUGCACUUGGAUGAUCAGAUGACUCUACUGCAGUGCUCUUGGCUUUUCCUCAUGUCCUUCGGCCUUGGCUGGAGGUCUUACCAACAGUGCAACGGCAGCAUGCUCUGCUUUGCACCAGAUCUCGUCAUUAAUGAGGACCGGAUGAAGCUGCCCUACAUGGCCGAGCAGUGUGAGCAAAUGCUGAAGAUUUCCAGCGAGUUUGUCAGACUGCAAGUUUCCCAUGAGGAGUAUUUGUGCAUGAAGGUCCUUCUGCUGCUCAGCACAGUGCCAAAGGAUGGCCUGAAGAGCCAGGCGGUGUUUGAUGAAAUCCGCAUGUCGUAUAUCAAGGAGCUGGGCAAGGCCAUUGUGAAGCGGGAGGAGAACUCCAGCCAGAACUGGCAGAGGUUCUACCAACUCACCAAGCUGCUGGACUCCAUGCAUGAGAUGGUCCGUGGGCUGCUCAGUUUCUGCUUCUACACCUUUGUGAAUAAAUCGUUGAGCGUGGAGUUUCCUGAGAUGCUCGUGGAGAUCAUCAGCAACCAGUUACCAAAAGUCAAAGCCGGGAGUGUCAAAGCACUCCUGUUCCACCAGAGAUAACUGUGCCCCUGAGCAGACGCAAUGCCUUAAAAUCCCACCCCAUCACUUCACCAUCCACCCCACCCCCGAGAGCCACCCUGAAGGAGACCUCGUUCCCAACGAGGAGUGGAGGAUGAUUUUGGGAGAAAAUAUGCUACUUUGUCAUGGCUGAUGGGUCUGAAGGGAGCGAGCAGAGAGACUGCAGACGUUUGCAUGGAAGCCAACAGCGAGCACAGAGGUUUCGUUUUUGUUCUGAUUUAUCCUAAGAUUUAGUGUGUAACAAAUAGGAAACUGUUCGUAAGGAAUAAGAUAAUCACAAAGAGAUAUAUCCUAACAUUCAUGUUGUCUCAGGUUUCUUACCCUCAUAUACACAUUAUAAAAAUAGAGUAAAUAAAUAUCUAUGUACAGCUUCUGAUAGUAUUUUCUACCUUUUCAGAUUGUAAACGUUUUUACAAAUAUCCAGGUUGUUGUUGCCUGGGAAGCUAAUAAAGCUAAAAUAUAACACGCUCUUAAAAAA